AUGGCAAUUCCAACUCCUGACAAGGGCAUUAUCGUUAAUUGGGCUAUCCAGACCAACUUUCAGCUGCCGUGGAACAGGUCACAGAUCCCAGUGGAUAUAUUUGAAGCCAACUCAGGAUAUGUUGGCACAGCAAGGAAAAAACGCGAUCUGGAACUACAAUACAGGAAUAAUGCUAAACUAUACCAUUUCUAUAAAGCCAUCGAAGAUAUUGUUACUGGAUUCGGACAUAAUGGCCAAGGAUGUGUGCUUCGCACCCUCUGCCAGCUUGGAGCCGAACCACUCCAUACAACGGGUGAGGACGAUCUUCUUCACGAAAUAGCUACAUAUGUACUUAAUCCUCUUAACGACAUUGAAGAUGGUGUGAGCGAAGAGUCAAUGCCCUAUAUAGAAGCAGUUCAACACGGCCGACGGCACAAGAAUUGUAUUAAAAUUUACGACAAUUGCUCCUUAUCACUAAUAGAUUUGUUUACUAUGUUCCACUAG